AUGAAGCUUUCCACUGUCGUAACCACCACUGCCCUCGUCGCCUCCGUCAUCUCUGCUGUUCCAGCCAACCCAACUGAGUCCAGUGUUCCAGCUGCUACUUCCAGCGCCGCUGAAAACACUAUCAACGUCCCGGUUGAGGCAAUCAACAAUGCCAUCUACUUAGCCUCUGGUGAAUACCCUCUCUUCAUUGAAGAAAAUGGUAAGCCAAUGGUCUUGAUUGUCAACGCCACCUUAGCCGCCCAGGCUGAGGAAGAAGACGCCGACCAUUUAAACAAGAGAGAUGCCUCUCCUGAGGCCAAGUGGGGCUGGUUGACCUUGAGAUUCAACCAACCACUUUUCAAGAGACAAGCAGAUGCCGAGCCAGGGGCCAAGUGGGGCUGGUUGACCUUGAGGUUCAACCAGCCGCUCUUCAAGAGACAAGCAGAUGCCGGGCCAGAGGCCAAGUGGGGCUGGUUGACUUUAAGAUUCAACCAACCUCUCUUUUAG